AAUAUACAUAAAACAGCCCAUUUGCCACCUUUAGCUUCAUCUUUGUUCAUCAUCGAUUCCCCAAUGCAGUGUUUUGGGGUAGGUUACGGUCUAGUAUUCUUGGUUUAGCAGCAGCAUCGAUGUUAUAGCUCUCUUUUACUCUCAGAGUCGAAGCUUUUCCUUUCGUCUUGCUCUCUUUUGGAGUGGAAUUUUCGUUUUUGAUCUCUCGAUGUUGCUGUAGUUGAAUGAAAUUCUAAAUGGCACGGUUAGUUAUUGAUUGGAGUACGCUAAUAGACGACAAGCCUCCGGCCGAGUUGGUGGUCGCUACUAAAGCAACUCCGAUGAUUAGCAUAGACGACGGGGAAGAGCAAAAUGACGAGUUUUCAAACCUAAGGAUUGAUGAACUGACUGAAAAAAUUAACAGGUUCAAAAGUUUGUUGAGCACCAAAGGCCCUAGAUUAGUUGACGGGGGCGAGAAACUGAAAACAACAAUAAAAAAGUACGAGGCUGAAUUUGAGAGGAGAAAAUUGCUAAACUCCGAUAAGGGAACAGAUGGAUGUGCCUUAUUGGGGAGGCAUCACUCUAGUUCUAUUGGUGCAGCUAAUGACCUAGGGCAGCGGUCUGCACAAUCAGCACCACGCUCGCAAUCUGCUUUUGCUGUGUGCUUUUCGAAAAAGCUAGAAGAAAAACAGGCUAACUCUAAGGCACCCAAUGGUUUCCAAAAUGAAUUACAUGCUCUGAAUACGUGUGGCCGCAAAAGGAUAUUAACCAAAAAGUUUUCUCCAAGAAGAAGAUGUAAGACAGAAUUGUCUGCACGAGAAGCACCUUUUAAGUCCCCUCUAUAUAUAGAUGAUCGAGAAUUUUAUGCUAAUGGAAAGACGAGAGAUAUUUCUACUUCUUCUCCUCGUUAUUCUGAAGAAAGUUUCUCUAGCCGUGUCAGGAAAGAGUGGAAACCUUCUCAAGCCCAUUCUGUCUGUACUUUGAGGCAUGCAAAUGAUGAGGCUGUUGUUCUACUGGAUGAGGAGGAACCUGAUGUUGUUGAACCAAGACAGCAAGCACAUCAUGUGGUCGAGAGCACAAAGGCAACCAAGAUAUACUUUCCUUCAAGGGAUGAUCCUGAAGCAGUCGAAAUCUAUUACUCAGAUAUGGAAUCUCUUGCUCCUGAAGCAUAUCUGUCCUCUACUAUAAUGAAUUUCUACAUUCGGCAUCUCCAGCAGAAAAAAUCUCCCGCAGAUGGAGAAAGGUGUGAUUAUCACUUCUUUAAUACAUAUUUUUACAGCAAGCUCAAAGAGGCUGUUUUCAGCAAGCAGAAUGAGAAGGAAGCUUUAUUUGUCAAAUUAAGACGGUGGUGGAAGGGUGUGAAUAUAUUUGAGAAAGCGUAUAUAUUUCUCCCCAUACAUGAAAGUCAUCACUGGAGCUUGGUGAUAAUUUGCAUACCAGAUAAAGAAGACCAAUUGGGCCCAAUCAUUCUUCACUUGGAUUCAUUGAGGCUCCAUAGCAGCAGCUCUCUUUUUGGUACUAUGAAAAAAUUUUUGAUAGAAGAAUGGAAAUUCUUGAGACAAGGAGUAGUGGCAGAUUAUCCUUUUGAUGACAAAAUAUGGGAAAAUCUUCCACAAAGAAUCGACGAUUACAUUAUUCCGGUCCCACAACAAGGAAAUGAUUAUGAUUGUGGACUCUUUGUGCUAUUCUUUAUGGAACGAUUCAUUGCUGAAGUUCAUGAAAGACUUAAAAAGAAGGAUCUGACAAUGUUCGGAAGAAAGUGGUUUAAACCUGAAGAAGCAUCUCGUAUGAGGCGGAUAAUUCGCGACAUACUUGAGGAAAAAUUCAAGAAUCCAAGUGACAAAUAGUGUUUCUUGGUCACCUUUUUUUGCAACAACAUACCCAGAUAACCCCGAAGUGUUUCUUGGUCACCUUUUUUUGCAACAACACACCCAGAUAAUACAAAAGUGUUUCUUGGUCACCUACCAUCCAUCCGUAAAUAACUGCUGCUCUGUUGACAAUCAAUCCUUUAAGCAGAUCAGGCAUCAAUGGAGCAACUGCUUAUUACCAGCAUUCCUGAUGUUGGGACAAUAGUAGAUAUUGUAGUUACUCAUAUACCCUAGAAAUUUACAUGAGAUUCUAGAAUCUCAAUAUACUCUGCCUAGGAAGGUUUCUCUCGAAAUGUAGGAAGAUUGACAGAUAACCUCGUGGGGAACUUCCGUUGGUUGGAGAAGUUCAUAUCGACCAUUUUCUUUCAAAAGCAAAAGCUGGACCUAGUACAUUUGGCAUGGUAAUAAAACUUGGGUGGUCUCUGCAGAUCAACAUCUUUUGGUCUUUCCCUUCCAUUAUUAGUACUGCCUGAGUUCAAAAAACUCAUACCUUUCAUGUAAAUGUUUUCUUUACAAUGAGAUGGAAAAAGAUCAUUGCUGUAUGUGCUUCUUGAUGCAA